CCCUCGCUGUCCUCCUCGGCUCUCGCCCGCUGCAGCCCGGCCAGCCGCAGAGGGAAGGCGGCUGCCGGCGGCUCCCCCCAGCCCCGGCCCGUGGGGCGCUCCUCCCCCCAAGCGAGCCAUGCAAGUGUCCAUCGCGUGCACGGAGCAGAACCUGCGGAGCCGCAGCAGCGAGGACCGGCUGUGCGGCGGGGGGGCCAGGGGCCAGGGGGCGGGGGGGGCAGGCAAUGGCGGGUACCAGCCCCCCGGCAAGGGGCCCCGGCUCGCCGUGGGGCCGCGCGCCCCCGGGCAGAACCUGCCCCACAUCGCGUUCCUCCUGAGGGAGUCGACCGGCCGGGCGACGGGCAUGACCUACAGGAACCUCGGCAAAUCGGGCCUUCGUGUUUCCUGCCUUGGCCUGGGUACUUGGGUGACGUUUGGGUCCCAGAUCUCGGAUGAGAUGGCAGAAAAUGUGCUCACCAUCGCGUACGAGAAUGGAGUCAACCUCUUUGACACGGCCGAGGUCUAUGCUUCUGGCAAAGCAGAAAAAACCUUGGGGAACAUCCUGAAGAGCAAAGGAUGGAGGCGUUCAAGCUAUGUUGUCACCACAAAGACUUACUGGGGUGGCCAGGCUGAGACUGAGAGAGGCUUAUCACGGAAACACAUCAUUGAGGGGCUAAAGGGCUCCUUGCAACGGCUUCAGCUGCAAUAUGUUGACAUUGUGUUUGCUAACCGGAUGGAUGCCAACAGCCCCAUGGAAGAAUGCGACCCGAACUUCCGAUUGCUCUUGCUGGAAGAGAUUGUACGAGCCAUGACUUACGUGAUCAACCAGGGAAUGGCCAUGUAUUGGGGCACCUCUCGCUGGAGCGCAAUGGAGAUCAUGGAGGCGUAUUCCGUGGCACGGCAGUUCAACCUCAUCCCACCUGUAUGCGAACAAGCCGAGUAUCACAUGUUCCAGCGGGAUAAAGUGGAGACGCAGCUCCCGGACCUGUACCACAAGAUUGGAGUGGGAGCUAUCACCUGGUCCCCUUUGGCAUGUGGACUUAUCACAGGGAAAUACGAAGAGCGAGUUCCUGAAAAUUGCCGUGCCACCAUGAAGGGCUACCAGUGGCUGAAAGAGAAGCUGCAGAGUGAAGAUGGGAAGAAGCAGCAGGCCAAAGUGAAGGAACUCCAUCCAAUUGCCGAGCGCUUGGGAUGCACAGUGGCGCAGCUGGCCAUUGCCUGGUGUCUCCGCUCUGAAGGUGUCAGCUCAGUCCUCCUCGGGGUCUCCAGCACUGAACAGCUCAUCGAGAACUUGGGGUCCAUUCAGGUUCUAACCCAACUGACCCCCCAUGUCGUCCAGGAAAUUGAUGCUCUCCUGGGUAACAAACCCAAUACAAAAAAAGAGUCCCGGGCAUAGGGACUUGUUGGCGCCCGGGACUGUGCACGCUGUUGUCCCAAAGGACUGCCUAACCUCUAGCUCCUCCCUCGUGGGGCUCCUGGCCCCUCCUACCUGCCCUCCCCACACAUGCUCUCCCACCAGCUGCUGCCUCUCGAUUUGGUGGGGGUGAGCAAGGAGGAGCCGCUUCGCGCAUGAACCAAAUAGCUGUAUACUUCCAUGGCAGAUGAAGUGGGAGGGAUCGGGGAUAGCCCCGCCCCAUGGCGUCUGCUUAGAUUACAAUACAAACAUACAGCAUGAGCAAUCCAGCUACAGGAUUGGUGGGUGAGAGGCACCGCCUCCUGCUAAGGCUGGGACUAUUGGCCGCUUUGUCUCUCUUUCCCUAUCAAUGCGCCUGAUUUUUAAAGGGGCAAGCACACUCUAACAGGGGAAAGGGGUGGGUGGGAGUUGAAAAACAAGCACACAAUUGGUGUAUGAUAAAAAUUAACCAUCCUUAUUCCAUCUUGAGCUUUGCUUUCCCACUGAUGAUGCCUCAUGUUGUGUGCCGAGUUACUCCAUUUACUUGUUUCUUUAUUUUCUCCUCAUCCUUAUUUUGUGUUUUUGUUGGUUCUGUGAUGUUUUGAGGUACCACAGAGGAGCCAUCUUGGGCACAGUCCUCCCACUAAAAUGAAUGGGAGCGGCGCAAAAACACAAUGCCCUUCGUUAACGAGCAGGAGGGGUGCCAUUUUGGAUUUCCUGCCGCAGGCGCCAAAAUAUCGUAGGCCAGCCUUGUAUGAAGGCCUCAGUCAGGACAUAGCUGAUAUAUUCCUAUAAACUGAGGAGGAAGUAGAGGGGACCUCUAUGUUCCUGCCUCUGGUGCAGAUGUGGGACAGCCUUAUCAACUCCCUUCCCCCCAAAUCUUUACAUUUAACCUUUGUGCAGUUCUUUUUUUGAUGCAAAUAUUAGCUUUCUUCCUCUCCUGCCAAUCUCCUUUCCCCUCCCAAACACACAAAUUAUUGUCUUGGCUGUCUAACAACCUCCCCUUCACCUUUGCAUUCCUAGAUAUUUAAAGUUUAUCCCCCAAACAAAUAAUACCAUGAGGGUGUGGGUGUGUGAAAAGGCAAAUGGGUCUGUCAGUUCACUUCCUUAAUUUGUUCUAGUCAUGGAUUUUGGGAAAGAGGACUUCUGCACGAAACCUCUUUCUCCUUUCCUGACACAUGUAGAAGAAUCUGCAUGACUGGAUUAUGGCUAAGAGGUCAUACCGUUAGUUUGGUAGCCAUGGGAGAGGACACAGGUUAGCUUUUGGACAAACCAGCAACAGCCCUCAAGCUCUUCACAGCUCCCAGAGUGGAGGAUGUUUCUUGGAUAUAUUUCCCCUCUGAAUUAACAUUCAGUGUUAAUUCUUAAUAUCUGUAUUUGGCUUUGCCUAAUCGUUUAUCUAAUUUGCAGCAAUGCUUCUCCUCACAGAUAAGGCUUUUAUUCCCUCAUGUUUCUUUUGGCAGGAAAGCAAAACUGGCUCUCCUCCUUAGCAGCAACAGAUGGCUGAGAGAGAGACCUUUCUCUUUCCUUCUUCCUCUCAGUUUCCCUCUGUGGCUUCCUUUCACCGUGAAUUUCCUCCUCAGAGGCCCACAUUGCCACCGUGCCAUCUUCCCCUUUGGUGGCGGCAGCUGAGGCAGCCUUAUUUCUCCCACCAUCUUGGUUCUUCCGAUUUAAGUUUUCAACAUUGCAUUUUUUAGACCAUAUCCAUCCUCCUCUAGGGAAUGAGCCAUUCUCUUCUUAAAGCAAUAAUAAAAGCGCCCUCAGGAUCAAGGGUAGCCUUGGGGUCAUGGGGAGAGAGGAAGCUAGUUAUUAAGUCCCCAGACCCCUGCUCCUGGGUGCCUGGUGGGCGGCGGCAUCCCUUUUGCACAACUCAUCGCUUUGAAUCUGCUGCGCUUCCAGGGCAGGGCCGCACUUGUGCCUGCCCCUUGCACUGGCUGCAAAAUUAUACAAUGCUGUAUUUUUCUCUGCGGAGAAUGUGUCUGCUUCGAGUUUAUCUCUAGAGUAGCACUUCAGUCACUUUCAGGAGUCUCUGCGGGGGGAAACAGGCUGAGUGGGUCUGCGGGUCAGAAGUGAGGCCGCUUGGAAUAUCUUUUCUAAGAUGCCCCCCCUUUCGGUUCAUCAGAGCACCUCUCCAAUUAGAGCUGCAACUGCAGAUCUCCUUACAGUCUUCAGUAACUCUAAACAGCCUAAAAUGGCAAAGGGGUGCCAACCCGUUAAACACCCUGGCUGACAUGUUUUCUGUUGCCACAAUUUUGCCUACAUUCAAGUAGGAUUCAUAUUUCGUGGUUGGGUGUUAUGUGUGGCUGUUAAAAAGCACCCCUACCCCAGAGGUACCUGCAUGUUUAUUCAUUUGAAAGACAUUUGUGUGGUAACUAUAGGGAAAGCAAGAGAAAAGAUGUUGGGCCAACCAGCUGGUAUUGUGAGCACAUUUAUUCUAAUUUUUAUUUAUUAUCAUUAUUUUUACCCCGCCCUUUCCCCAAAACUGGAACUCUCAGCGGCUUCCAGAUAAAAGAACACAUAUAAUUAAAAACAUACAAACGUCUAGAUUAAAAUAGAAUUAAACUAUUUACAGUAUUAAAACCAUUCAUACAUACAGUUAAAAUAAUUCAAACUCAGUUUAAAAUAAUACAAUUAGACAAUAGCAAAGGACUGCAAGGAGGGGGCCAUUCUUGCCUCCCUCGGAAGGGAAUUCCAAAGCCUUGGGGCAGCCACCAAAAAGACCCUAUCUCGCGUCCCCACUAGUCGUGCUUGUGAGGACGUGGGUAUUGAGAGAAGGGCCUCUCCUGAGGAUCUCAGGGCCCAGGCAGGCUCAUACAGGGAGAUACGGUCUGACAGAUAGCCUGGACCUAAGCCGUAUAGGGCUUUAUAGGUCAUCACCAGCACUUUGAAAUGUGUCUGGAAACAGAGUGGCAACCAGUGGAGCUUUUGUAACGGGAGUCAUAUGGUCCCUGGAACCAGCCCCAGUUAACAUUCUGGCUGCAGCACGUUGCACCAACUGAAGUUUCCGAACAGUCUUCAGAGGCAGCCCCACAUACAGCGCGUUACAGUAAUCUAAAUGGGAUGUAACUAAGGCAUGUGGAGGCUGCCUCUCAAAGCUCUCCAACUCACCCCAGACAGCUGCAUUCUAGACUGUUUUUGGUGCAAAGCACCCAACGUAUUAUUUGUAUUGAUUUCAGACCUGAAAUAUUCCACCCACUUUGCAAUCAGUAAUGGUAUAUCUUGAACUCAUAAAAAAUUAGUAUGUACAUUCAUUCAUACCCAUAUUAUGACCAUCAGAUGAGACAGAAAUUCAAUUCAGUUUGCAUUUAAAGCAGAGCUUGGAAACGUUACUUUUUUGAACUAUAGCUCCCAUCAGCCUAAUCCAGUGGCCAUGUUGCCUAGGGCUGAUGGGAGUGUAGUUCAAAAAAGUAACUUUUCCAAGUUCUGAUUUAAAGGCAAACCUACAUAAUUUGAACUUUCCAAAACAAUACAGGAAUUAAAACUCAGCUGUCCUUUCAAAAUUCACACUCCUCCAAAUUUUGCAAUGCAAUUCUCCAGCCAUGUAAUGUUGGAAUUGUGUAGUGCCUGUUAAGGCAAUGUGUGUGCCCGUGUGCCACAGUAUAAACCAGCACGAACAGAUUAGAGACAACACACUUGGAGUCUUGUAAGAUGAAUCCUUUUACUGAUCCAAUAGCUCACACAAGUUUCUCUCUCCUUCACUUUCGAUAAUGCACCCCCCACACUCAGAGCUGUUUUCCAAGAAAUAUAUAGCCUUGGCAGCAGUCCUGCCAGCUGCAGUCUCCGCUUUCUUCGCGGCCUUGGGCUCUAGAGCGUGCUUUAACCCCUUCCAUGUCUUUUUGGAACAGUUGCACUUUACAGGACCUAACAGUAAUGUGUACAAAACCACAGAUAUUAGGAUGAAAAAGGUAAAGGUGUCCCCGCACUUAUAGUGCGAGUCGUUUCCGACUCUUAGGGUGAUGUCUUGUGACGUUUACUAGGCAGACCGUAUAUAUGGGGUGGGAUUGCCAGUUCCUUCUCCGGCCUUUCUUUACCCCCCAGCCUAUGCCAGGUACUCAUUUUACCGACCACGGAUGGAUGGAAGGCUGAGUGGACCUUGACCCCUUUUACCGGAGAUUCGACUUCCUUCUUCGGUUGGAAUAGAACUCCGGCCCUGAGCAGAGCUUCGGCUGUGUUACCGCUGCUUACCACUCUGUGCCAUGGAGGAUCUAUAUUAGGAUAAGGUGUACAUAAAAUAAAUAUAUUAGUGAAAAUAACAUUAAAAUGCAUUAUAUUAGGGGAACAUUUCUUUGCAAACAUGUACGUUAGGCAAAGUUGCAUGCAACCAUGUGCACAUUAAGAGUAAUUCACUGAUGAAUCUUCAUACAGACUUUAAAAAAUUGCAUACUGAUGCAGAAUUGGUGGAGAACUGAACUUAAGACUGGAAAAAUGAGAAACAGAAAACAAAACCAACCGAUUCUCCCAUCCCUCCAUGCAAAACAGCCAAGUACAAAGGUCCCCUCUUUUUCUGAAGCCAUGAUCCUUUAGGAGCUAGGCAGAAGUUUAGCUGGUGCAGAUUUGUCCCACUUGGAGAGACAGUGACCUUGGGAGCUGCUCCUCUGGAAUUCCUACCCCAGGAAUCAUGGCAACUUCACCAACAAAAUUGUCCUCUUAGGUGCAGUGGUCCAACUAAAAUUUCUAAACAAUCUGUUUCAAUGUGUAUGCCAGACCAUCCUGAAAGCUCUGGGCAAGUAUAUAUCCAAUUUUUACAAGAGAUUCUCUACCCCCACUAAGCCCCCUCCCAUUUAGACAGGCAGAUAUUUUUUAACAGAAAAAAGCAAUUCCAGUAGAUUUGGCCUGGGAGCUGGACUCCCAGGGCUCCUGUCUCAAGAGCUGAGUAAAUUAUCAAAGUUCUCCCCCAUCUUCCUAGCAGGGCUGGCUGGCUAUAGAUCCACAAGGAAAGAGCCCUGAAAAGAUUUCAAAGGGCAAAGUUCAUUGCAAGUGAAAGCAGCGCCCGCUGGAGCACAACAAAGACAUUACAGGCCUUGGCAUAAAGCACCCUGCUGCAGAGACCACCUUGCAGGGAAACAUGCUUGAUAUAUAUAGAAUGGGCCCUUGGCUUUUAAUGAAAAAUUCCCCCCUUUUUAUGUUUUUGGAGUGUGUGAUGGUGGUGGGGGAAAUA